GUCCCUGAACACUGAUAUAUGCCAUUAACACCGAUUCCGUUUUUCCGCAAUCUAACGUUGUAUUGUGAUAUAACGUUUUAGCGGCUUUGACAAAGUGUCGCAUCGCAUUAGGGUUCCUUUGAUCCGCUUCGAGAUGAAGCUGAAGCAGCUCGGGGGCCUCCUUGGCACUCUUCAGCAGUUCUCCCACCCAAAGAUAGAAUUGGAACAAUAUCCCACAGGACCACAUAUUGCGUCUCGGUUGCUUUAUACGGCAGAAAAUACAUAUGGAGAUAUAAGUGGCAAGAUUGUAGCUGAUUUUGGUUGUGGUUGUGGUACAUUAGGAUUAGCAAGUGCACUUUUGGAUGCAGAGCAGGUCAUUGGCAUUGACAUCGAUCCCCAAUCUCUAGAGGUUGCUUCAGAAAAUGCUGUAGAUCUGGAGCUGGAAAUGGAUUUCAUGCAGUGUGACAUUAACAACUUAAGAUGGAGAGAUCAUUUGGUGCACACUGUUGUCAUGAAUCCUCCUUUUGGAACUCGAAGGAAAGGAUCUGACAUCGAGUUUCUUGCAAAAGCUUUGAAGGUUGCUUCCUGUGCAGUCUACUCUUUGCAUAAAACUACCACCAGAGAUUUUAUAAAGAAAAUUGCCGUUCGAGAUUUCAACGCCAGAACUGCGGAAGUUUUAUGUGAGCUGCGGUAUGAUGUGCCACAACUUUACAAAUUUCACAAAAAGAAAGAGGUGGAUAUUGCAGUAGAUCUCUGGCGCUUCGUCCCAAAUGCCAACCAAGCACUGUAGUCAACACUCCUCAGGCCAAGAUAGAGCACAUAAAAGUCAACUCACCUCUCAAGAUUGACCUUGUUGUAGAAGUCAGAGAAGCCUCUUGAAGAGAACGAAAGGCCAUGAUCUCUUCCCAAACCAUGAAUCAUUCGAACACUUUAUUUUAUGCAUGAGCACUCCUGUGACUUUUUUUUUUUUUUUGAAGUGGUCUGUUUUUUCAUUUCUGUUUGUAGUUAAGCGUACCAAAUUUGUAUAAGAUUUAAGAUAUUAGGAAGAUUCUUCAUAAUAGAAUAGAUCAGAUCAGUGGGAAAAUGGAAUCAUUAAUAUUGAUUAUUUUAAAA